AACAUUGUAGUUCGGAAGCUUCAUCAUGAUGGAGCUCACAAUAUAUGCCAUAGUGUUAGGUGUGACAAAUUUAGUGACAGCAAGUCCUAGUGGUUACGGGGUCGGAAGCGGUGCAUUUGCAGGAGCUCACGCCGGAGCUGGCACUUUUGGCGGAUUUGGUGGAAUACCACUGUCAAUACCGAGUGCUGGAAGUUACUCCGGUAGCUUUUCAAAAUCUUUAUCGUCCAGUCAUGCUUCGUCAAGCGCUAGUGCUAGUUCUAGCUCGUUCAGUUUUGGUGGUUCCGGUCUCAUUCCUAACGUAAUCAGAAGUGGCGGUAACGUAAUACCAAGCGCAGGAGGGUGUUCAUCUGGAUCCUGCCAAACUGGAAUUAAAGGAGCGCCUGGCUUUGGAACAGGCAGUACUGGAAGUGGUGCCAACGCCGCAGCUAUAGCUAGUGCUGGUAGUUUUGUUGGAUCAACUGCAAAUUCCAAACCAUGCAUAACCGGCGAUUGCUCAAGUCAAGAUCAGGGAUGCACAGGAUCAAACUGUAAUUCCAAUAUAAAUAAAAAUAAUUGCGCACCAGGUCAAUGUUCUCCUACUGAUACAGCGUCUAUAUAUUUUGACGAUAUUCCUGUUAACAUAGUGCGUAGCACUACGGCAAGUACGUACAAUGGAAACGAGAAACCUCAUAAUUCAUUGAGUAUGUCAAGUACUGACGGGUGCUUAAAUGGGAAUUGUGGUUCUGCCUCGACACCUAAACCAGCAUACAGUCAAACCUCAGCGGGUGCUUUCCCUAGCUCGUCAGGGCCGGUCAAUAAACCAGCUACCUAUUUGAUAAGUCCUAAAGAACAGACACCGUGCACAUCACCAAACUGUGGAUUUCCUACAGGGAGCGCAUACGACACAGAACAUUUACCGUCUAGUUAUGCCGUGCCCAUACAAGGUAGUUACAAUAAGCCAUCGUCACCUGAAAAAACUCCUUGUUCUACGGGUAACUGUGCACCAAAUAAUUCAUACCCUUCGAGCUCUAGUGCAACUGUGGAUUGUGUGUCUGGAAAUUGUAACAAUACUCCUUUACCUUCAACAGAUCUUAACACCAAAAAACCAACUCUUUCAAACUCACAGGACGAUAUCCCUGAUUUUGUACCAUUGGCACCAUCUGCUGCAACAAAUUGUGGGACUCCAAAUUGUGUCACUUCACCGUCAGCGAUAUCUAAAUAUCCUAGUAAUUUACAGCAAGGAUCGUACUCAAAUACUUUUUUGACUAGUUCCGGAUCAGGAUCUAAUUUGUUUUCAGGAUCUUACGAUACCACCAAACCAAGUAGUAUUGCUUCCUCCGUCACUGAGAAAAUCCCUCCUUAUGUUGGUGGUUUUGGAGGACCGCCUGGAAUUUUGCAACUAAACGAUUUCACUCUUCCAUCGAAAAUUCCUGCAUCUGAUUAUAAACCAUCCGUAACGUCGGCCUCGUACACUCCACCCACAGGUUCAUUAUUGCCUCAUAACCAGAAUAGCUCACCGACAGGACUUCAACACAAACCCAUCUAUAAACCGCCAGGUCCCAGUGCACCUCAAUACCAACCGUCACCGUCAACUGGAUUGUAUAAGCCACUCUGCACGUCUGGCAAUUGUGGAAGCAUGCCCACAACGCCAUACCCUAUCUACCCUCCUUAUGCUCCGACUGGACCGUCAAAUGGGGCCUCAUAUAAACCAACAGGUCCUUCAUCUUGUACUUCUGGCAAGUGUGAAGUGCAACAAUUACCCAAUGAAUCCUUAUAUAAACCUGGAUCUAACAGUCCUACACCUUGCGCCACUGGAAAUUGUGGGACCCAGCAACCUGGGCAUGGUAUAUCAACUUCGUCAGACUCGUAUGUUUCAAGUAUAUGUACCUCUGAAAAUUGUGGCACUAAACCUACUAAGCCACUAAAUUACGGCAACAUUCCCAGUGGAAGUUUCAAGCCAAUUUCGCCAGGAAGCUCAUUUCCUUUCACGUGUUCUCAUGGAAGCUGUGGGUCUACUCAGCCUGGUCUUUCACCUGGUCCUUAUGAACCAGUAUUGCCGACAGGAUCUUACAAACCACCAACUUGUACUUCUGGAAAUUGUGACACUAAACUUAGUCAGCCUCUAAACUACGGCAACAUUCCUAGUAGAACAUAUAAGCCAACUUCGCCGGGAACCACAUUUUCCUCUGCAUGUUCUUAUGGAAACUGUGGACCCAUUCAAUCUGGCCUUUCACAAGGCAGUUUUUAUGAACCAACAUCUCCGACAGGAUCUUACAAACCAUCAAUUUGUACUUCUGGAAACUGUGGCAGUCAAUCUAGCCAGCCUUCUAAUUACGGACAAGCUGGAACAUUAACGUCAACUACAGCCGUCAGUAACAACAAUCAUGGUCAGAAUAAACCUACUUAUGGAUUUAGUGGACCUCCGGGAGUGUUGGAACCCAAAGAUUUUAAUGCGCCAGCUGUUUCGGUGUCUGUCAACAAACCCACAGUGCCGGGCUCUUAUAAUCCAACAUCCUGCACAUCUGGAAAUUGUGGAACACAACUCGGACACAUCGGUCCUUCAAACAAUGGUCAAUACAAUCCCACAACAUCAGGUUCUUAUAAUCCGUCAACUUGCACUUAUGGGAAUUGUGGAUCACGGUCGGGAUUAAGCAAUCCUUCAAACAAUGGCCAAUAUAAACCUACAGCAGCAGGAUCUUACAACCCAACAGUAUGUUCAUCUGGAAGUUGCGGUCACUCUCCAUCACAGUUUGGUCAAAACAGUGGAACUCAUUUAUCAAGUAGUGCUGUUGCCAGUGCCAAUACUGUCGUUUACACUGGGGGCUUCGGCGGCCCGCCUGGGCUCUUAAAAUCGUACGACGAUGGUAAACUUGUAGGAAAUGGACUUGCAUCUUCUGGAAACCCACAACCCGUAGGUUCUCAAGUAGAUAAUUUUGGAAAUCCAUCAGCGACUGGUAUUAAUUCCUCGAACGGAAAAUCAUUGACCGAUGGAAGCGGAGUGACUGCUGGGGUUAGUGCACAAGCUAAAGCAUUUCGUGGUGGCAACUAUGAAACCCCCGAUAAUAGAGUAAGUGGCUGUAAAGGUGGAUGCGGAUCAAACGGUAGCGGCAAUUAUGGGCUCAGUGGCGCAGCAGCGAAAAGCCAAGCGAGUGCCGGCAUUGGAGCGUUCGGUUUCGGAGGAAGCUAUGCCAGCAGCUCAGCCUCGGCGCAUGCCUCUGCUGGAGCUGUCGCAAAAGUAGGAUACGGUAAACGAUAGAACAGUUUCAGGAGAACUGAAAGAUCUAUUUACCAAAUCUUGUGAGUAGAGCCUUAAAUAUGUUAAAAGUAAAAGACUUGUAUAAGAAUUGCGUGAGAAUGUAGCAUAUUGCAGCCAUAACUUGUUGUUGUAAGUUAAAUAUUAUUGUAUUAAGUAUUUAUAAUUUUUAAAUGUAAUAAUACAUGCC